CUCCUAUUUCAUCAACCCCCCUCUUACUGUCUCUCUCUUUCUCUCUGACUCUUUCUCUCUCCUCUGAGAAGGACCAAAACCGCUCCCUUAAAAGUCCCUCCUAUGGACCCACCACCUCCUCCGCCGUCGGCGGCCCCACCCCUGUCGUCGGUGGCACCUCCGACUCACCUGAGCUACCCCGACUCGGUCGAAUCUUCUCCCAGGUCCAGAAACACCGAUUCAUGGGACGACCCGCUUCCUCCGGCUGCCAGCCGGCUCCGGCUGAUGUGCAGCUAUGGUGGUCACAUAGUCCCACGCCCACACGACAAGUCGCUUUGCUAUGUCGGCGGCGAUACUCGCAUCGUCGUUGUGGAUCGCCAAACUUCCCUUUCUGACCUCUCCGCUCGUCUUUCGAAGACGCUUCUGAACGGCAGGCCGUUUACUCUCAAGUACCAGCUUCCCAGUGAGGACCUCGACUCGCUUAUCUCCGUAACCACCGAUGAGGACCUUGAUAACAUGAUCGACGAGUACGAUCGGACAGCGCAGAGUUCUACCUCGAAACCCUCUCGUCUCCGUCUCUUUCUCUUCCCUUCGAAACCCGAAUCGUCGCAGUCGAUCGGACCCAUCCUCGAUAACCAAGCAAAAGCCGAUGAUUGGUUCCUCAACGCGCUCAAUGGCGCUACCGGUAUGAUUAACAGAGGGUUUUCCGACUCGGCCUCCGUCAAUUGCUUGUUGGGUCUAGACGACGAUGUUAUCGUUGGUGUUGGGAAUAACCUCGAUUCGAGUUCUAGAGAUGUUGAGGCUUCGCAGCCUGGGUCGUUUGGGAAUUCAAAAAAUGGGAAACAAGGAGGGCAGGAUGUUCACUCCGUUCCCGAUUCGCCGAUGCUCGAGACGACGUCGUCUUUCGGGUCGACAUCGUCGUCGCCGUCGCUGGCGAACUUGCCGCCGAUUCGUGUCCACGUGGAGGAAGGUGGUGGUGGUGGUGGGGUUAGGGUUCAAGAUCAGAAGGUGGGUGGGAUUGAGGAACAGUUUGCGCAGAUGAGUUUGGCACAAGUUGUGCAGAAGCAAGAGGAAGGUGGUUUCGUUGUUCUUUCUUCGCCGCCUCCGUUGCCCACCACCAUUGUAAUGCCUACCGCCGUGCCUAUGAACUCUGCCCCAUCUGAUUAUCCUGGUCGGGUUGUCUCCGACGAUGAGCGAUCCGACCACGGAGUGCCCAUGGGGUAUCGCAAGCAACCACAGCCUCAGCCUCAGAAUCUCCCCCCUCAGACACAGCAAAAGCCCACCGGUAUUAUCGAUUUGCCAUCCCCGGAUUCAGUUUCAAGUGAUACUAGUAUUGCAAGUGCAAUUUCUCGCCAAAAACCUCUAAUUUAUCAAGACCAAGUUGUUCAACUCCCUGCCGGAGCCACAAGGGUUCCGGCGAACCCAGUGGAUCCAAAAGUUAAUAUGUCCGAUCCAAACACUCGGGUCCAGAUGCAGCAACAGGUUCAUGAUUCUGGAUAUGUUUUGCAAACCCAAUUUGAUCCGAAACAACAGCAGCAGCAGCAGCAGCAGCAACAACAACAACAUCAACAACAUCAACAACAUCAACAACAACAACAACAUCAACAACAACAACAACAUCAACAACAGCAGCAGCAUUUCGUACAUGCUGGUGCCCAUUAUAUCCAUCAAUUGGCUGGGAAUGUUCCAAUUUCAGCCUAUUACCCUGUAUAUCCUCCACAGCAGCAACACCUUCAGCAUCAUCACCAUCAGCUUGAUCAGCAAUACCCUGUGUACUAUGUGCCUGCAAGACAGACCCAAGCUUACAACAAUGUUUCUGUGCAGCAAUCGAAUAUGGGUGAAGCUCCUUCUACCAUCCCUUCCAGCCGCCCCCAAACGCAUUCCAACCCUGCUAUUGUCGCUACACAGGCUGCUUACAACCCCGUUAGAAAUGCUCCCAUUGCUAAGCCCGAAUUUGCCACGGGUAUGUACAGAACGGCAACUACUGGUGCUCCGCCUCUGGUUCAAGUUCCUUCUACUCAGCAUCAGCAACAAUAUGUCGGUUACUCUCAGAUUCAUCACCCAUCUCAGUCUGUUGCUCCUACUUCGGCAGCUACUGCUAAUUACACAUAUGAGUAUAGUAGCGAUCCCUCUCAUGCUCAGAUAUACUAUACACAGCCAUUGGCUCCUACAAUGCCUUCUCAGUAUCAGACCAUGACAGGGACUGGUGCUGUAAUGCUUCCUGAGCAGCUGCCAAAUGACAAUGUGAAGAGCAGAUGAGAACUUCACAGCCACUAUAUAAAAAACCAGUUCAUAAGGAAAGAAACAAUUUUGCGUAAUGGGUUUGAUUUUUGUUUUAAGAUUUUCCUGUUUUUAGUGUCUUGUCAUUGGUACUGGAUUGUGGUAUGUAUUUGUGAUAGAUAAUAAGAAACUCUGGUGGUCUUGAAAACUCUUUUUUCCUGUAUGUCAUAUUGUUUUCCUUAUUGUCAUAGGAAAAUGAAAGUGGUCUGAGAAUAUAUAUAUAUAUAUAUAUAUAUACUGUAAAAGUUCAAAACUUA